GAUUUGAAUACGACCGGCUUUCUAACGGUCACACUGUUGUGGCCCAAACCCAUCACAGUGUUGCCACAUCGCUGCUGUCGCCCGGUGACAACGUUUUGACUUCCCUUAUGUGUUUAUUUUAUGCAGCCUCUCCUUUGGUGUCAUCUUCCAUAGCCUCUCCGCUCGAGCGCGUCGCGUGUUAAUUAAUAUAUUUACCAUUUUCCAUGUUUUGACUUCGUUUCCUCUUCGUCCAAACUACGCUUUCCACCUCCGACAAGUUUUUCCGCCCUCCGGAAAAAUGCUAAAACCAUUUUACUGUCUGUUUUUGUUUGUGCUACCGCUGCUGCUGCUGCCGCUCUUCCAGUACGCCGGCGGCGAGAGGACGCACUGCAGCCGCCUGAGCCGGGCGGACAUAGAGAAGCGACUGUCCACCAAGACGCCGUACCGGUCGGUUGCCAAUUUCGACGAGACGCCGCCGCAGUACGCGGGUUGCCACCCGACGCGAAUUUGGUCCAUCAUCCGCCAUGGAACCCGGAAUCCCAGCGAGUCUGUUAUCCUCCAAGCUCAAAAUCGCUUGGAGGAAAUCAAGACUCUGAUACUGGAGCAAUCCCACCCGAAUCUUUGUUCUGAAGAUGUGGAAAAACUACGUCGUUGGAGCUGGAAACACCUAAAUGCCAGCGAAGAUGAAAAGUUACUAGUGGCGGAAGGCGAGGAUGAACUAAUAAACCUGGCGGAGCGAAUGCAAAACCGUUUCCCAUCUGUCCUGCCGGAUAUAUACAGUCCGGAGUGGUAUUAUUUCAAGUACACGGCGACGCAAAGGACCUUAAAGAGUGCGCAAAGCUUCGCCACAGGCCUAUUCGGACGCCAUCGGAUUCAUACUGUCCAAUAUCCGCCACCAAUGCACAAGGAUCCUGUUUUACGGUUCUAUAAGCGCUGUGGCAGGUGGCAAACUGACGUCGAUAAGAAUCCCGAAACAUUGGUUAACGCACGCCGAUUCCUUGCGGAGCCGCCGAUGCAGUCAGCAGUGGAGCAGUUGCGGACCAGCACAGGUCUAUCAGAUCUCCGGACAAAGGAUGUGCAGCUUAUGUUUACGGUGUGUGCCUUUGAAACGGCCUGGCAUCGUCGACGUGACAACACCCGAAACGCUGAUUCGGUGUGGUGCAGCUUCUUCGAUUUGGCCUCCCUGGAUGCGUUGGAGUUCUUCGAGGAUCUGGAGUACUACUGGAACGAUGGCUACGGCUACGAACUGACCCAUCGCAUUGCCUGUCCGGCAAUCGCAGAUAUGUUUGAAGCCAUCGGUUCCGUGAAGAAAGAGGGCGAGGAAAAUCAACUGCCAGGCAGGGCCAAUGCCACACUUUAUUUUACGCACUCGGGCACGCUGCUGAAACUGCUGGCACAUCUGGGACUGGCCCGGGACGAGAAGCCGCUGACGCACAAGCACUUUACCAGCGAACGUCGAUGGCGCACAAGCCAGAUCGAUGCCUUCGCGACCAACUUGGCCUUUCUGCGCUACGAUUGCGACAAGAAGGAGCCGCAGGUCCUGGUUUUGCACCAAGAGCGUGUGGUGCGCCUGCCCAAGUGUCCGCAGGACAAGGACCUCUGCCCGCUAUCCACGUUGCGUCGCAUUUACGCCAACAGCGUGGAGAAUUGUGACUUUGAGGAGCUGUGCCGCGUGACGGCUACUGUGGAGUGAGAAGCUGCUGUUUAUUGCUGAAUACCGUUGCUGUUCUGCUGCAAGACCAUGGAAGGAUUCGUCGAAAUGUUUGGGAUACACCUGUUACGAUUAGUUUGAAAUUUGAUGCUGCGAUGGGGCUGGAGUUUGUGGAAGAUCUAGCUAAGGUUAGUUUAAGUAAGCGAUUGAGAAAGUGUAGAGAUGUAGAGAGAAGAGAGAGAAGUUGAUCAGUCAUUGGAGAGGACAGCGUGUUGAGUGUUGCGAGUCGAAAUCUGUGUGUUUUGUAUGCCUUAUUAUUCAAUGUGGACCAUCCAAUCCAGAGCAAAGCGAACUUCGGACGGGCGAGCGCGUGAGACUGAGCGCGCUAGAGCUAGAGAAGGUGCAGACGGGGAGGGAGCGUGUCACGCUUUAUAUGCAUAUAUAUAUCUUAAUCUAUAUAGACUCCCUCUGCUGUAAAAGAUUUCUACUAAUUAAUCUUGAUUUCUUACCCCCAUUUUUGUUGUUAUUCAUAUUAUAUGCCCCUUAACCUUCCUAAUCCUAAGCCUAAAUUGAAAGCCAAGCUCCAGCUAAACGGCAAUGCAUAGUGUACAUAUAUACAUACUGAUGUCUUAGAUUAUAAAUAAUUAUAAUGU